AUGGCAGACAAGAUGGUCAUGGGGGAAAUCACAAGCUUCCAUAAGGCCAAUCUGAAGAAAACUAAGACACAGGAGAGGAACAUCCUGCCAACCAAAGAGACCACUAAGCAGGAUAAGUAG